UUUUUUUUUUAUACUAUGGUGCACGCAUUUGUGUUGUCCGGUGUUUGAAGACGCUUUGGAAUUCGCUUUCAAUUUCUUCAAAGGAAAAAUGUCGGGUGAUACCGAUAAAGCGAAAAUCAGUGAUAAUCAGGAUGAAGACAAGAAGUCCGGGGCAGGAGACGGUCAGACGACAGAGGAUGAGUCCUCACAAGAUUCCAAGGGUGAGUCCCAGGGGGCAGUGAACUCCGACCCCCCCCAGGAGCCCACAGGGCCCAUGCCGGAGCCCCCAGGUAACGCCGAUGUAGAUCAACCGAAACCUGAAGACAUACCCACACAAUUGGAAGGAGACGUGAAGGCGACGGCCAACGGGAAAGACGACGACGGCGCCGGGGACGACUCCAAAGACAAGUCCGACGUGAAGAGUGAAGACGCUAAAAAGGAGGAGAAUGGCGAGACGCAUGAUGACGAUGAGAAAGAUGACGUGAAGGACAACGCGAAGCCUGCCAAGAAGACCGCUAAGAAAGCUAAGAAAGAGGAGACUGAGGAAGAAGAAGAAGAUGAGGAGGAGGAAGAAGAAGAGGAGGACGAGGGCGAUGAGGGUGACGACGAGGAGGAGAAGAAGCCCAAGGAGAAAGUAAAGAAGCCAGCGAAAAAAGCAAAGGACGGCGAUGAUGAAGAUGAGGAAGAUGAAGAGGGCGGCGAGGAGGAGGAGGAAGAAGAGGAAGAGGAGGAGGAAGCGCCCAAACCCAAGCCCAAGAAAGAGCCCACAGAGCCCCCUGUGCCGCUGCCGGCCGGCAAGGGCAUCCCUCUCGGGCACAUCAGCAACGUGGAGAUAUCACUGUCGCGGUUCAAGACGCAGGACCAGAAGCUGCUGCACCAGUAUUUGUAUGGGCAACUGUGCCUGGACCGCAACGUGAAGCGCAACAUCAAGAAGUUCCGCGGCUACGAGUGGGCGGUGGGCUCCUCCGAGUACAAGGCUAAGCUGGACGAGACCACAAAGAUGGAGCCCAAGCAGAUCCGUACCAUGUGCGAGAUGCUUGACCUCGAUAAGAAGGGUUCCCCGUCGGAGCUGUCGGCGCGGCUGGUGGGGUUCCUGCAGCAGCCCACGGCCAACUCCCCGCACGCGCGGGGCUCCGUGCGCGCGCCGCCAGCGCCGCCCGCCGCCACGCCCGGCGGACGACCCAGGCGCUCCGCUGCCGCCAAGCUGCCCAACAGAGGUUAUUCGGAUGAGGAGUAUGAGAGUGACCCAGAAACGAAAGUCAAAGGUCCCAAGCCCAAACAGGAUGGAUCAGAGGACUCGGAUGGAUCAUUCAACCCGAGCGGGUCAGAGGAGGCGGAUUCUGACUUCGAUCCGGAGGCGGGCGAGUCAGCCGGCGGCAGCGUGCGCAAACGCAAGAGUACCGGCGGCAGGCGACGCUCCUCCAAGGGGGGCGGCAAGCGGGGCCGUAAGCCUAAGGGGAAGAAAGGCAGGGCGGCAGGCAAGCCGGGUCGCGGGCGCAAGGCGCGGUCUGACAGCGAGGAGGAGAGCGAGAAGUCCGAGUCGGAGAGCGAGAACGAGUCCGCCAGCGAAGGGGAAGAGUCCGACGUAAGCGAACCUAAAUCAAAGCGCGGACGGCCAGCGGCGGCAGUGGCUAAGGGUCGUAAGGGCCCCGUCGCCAAGAACGCUAAGGCCACACCUGUCAAACGGAAACCGCCUACCCCACCUGCCAAGAAGAAGGCGGGCAAGCCAGCUGGGCGGCCAGCGAAGAAGAACAAGAAGGCGAGCUCUGAGGAGGAAUCCGGAGAGGGAAGUGAGGAGGAGGAAGAGGAGGGAAGCGAGGAGGAGGACGAGGAGAGCGGGGACGACUCCGAUGCGCCGCAAGACAAGAAGGCCAAGCGGCCGCCCACUGACGAGGAGAUUAAGAAGUACGUGAAGCAGAUCCUCGAGGGCGCCAACUUGGAGCAGAUCACGAUGAAGACAGUGUGCAAGCAGGUGUACAGCCACUACCCAGACUUCGACCUCGCACACAAGAAGGACUUCAUUAAGGCAACAGUCAAGUCGUGUAUUUAAGAUGUUAGGAGUUAAGGCCGGAGUGUAGAUGUCUACAUAGUAUACCUAUAGUUUAUAAAAGGACAUAGUUAUAUAUUAUUACAAUAAUAAUAUAUUAUGAAAAUAAUAAAGUAUCUGACAUGAAGUGGAAUGGAAUCGUCCGCUUUUAUUUACAAGCUCAUAUCAUCGUGAGCUGUGACCGCUCGGCCGCAAACAUAUAUAGUCAAGUAAGCUACACCACUUAAACUUAGACUAACCCCGCCCGCCGCGCCGGCCCCUGCCGCACGCUGCGCCCCUCACACGCACACUUUAUUUAAUAAGUGUAACAAUUACCUUUAUAUCCAUUAUCAUAAUCAGAAGAAUAUUUGCGUUUUUGUAAUGGCUAUUUUAUUUAUUAUUGGUGAGUCGUUAGUAAUUUUCUAAUUAAAUAAACUGUGUUUUUGAGUUCGUUAUUGAACGAAUAUUUGACGAAUGUUACGUACAAUGUAGUUUAUUAAGUGAAACGUGUUUUUUCGCGAUUUACGAUACAUUUUGUGUUUGUCUGUCAUUUAUGUAAGGAAUGCGGCGUAGCGAGCGGCAGGCAAUCGAUUCAAUCGUACAUAAGAUAUUUUCUCAUUCAAGAUUUUGUUACACUCAAAAAUGUUGUUUGUGUCGUUCUGGCCGGCGCGGCGUCACGCGGGCGUAUGUAAUUUUAUGUUGUAGGAAUAAUUCCCUCUAGAAUAAGGAUAAUACAAGUAAACAGCUGUAGCAUUAUAAGGAUGUUUUAUUUUCACUGUGCCUAUACUAUCUUGAGUGAUUUCUAUCACAAUUCCUUUAUUAUAUUUUGUUGUCAUAUUAUUUAGAGUAAUUACGGCUUGUGCGUCGAGUUAGACACUCAAAACUACAAAUAUCUUUUAAUUUUGACACAAUGAGGAAUAUAGCAUGUCGGGACCAUAUUUAUGUUGUCGGCACUCGACGCACGGGCUCUACUGAGCCAGGCUAAACGACAAGUACACAGAUGUAUUAUUUUUAAUAACUGUGAAACACUGUACAAAAUUCUGAAAGUACGACGCGAAGUGCAGACGGAAAGUGCGACACAAUUGAGAGAAAAUGUUUUUUUGUUCCCAGUAUUAAAAAUAUUUGGGUGCUGUGCUUACUAUGUGAUAGUGCAACAUACCGCUAGCUUAUUCCUCCCUUUUUUGUUAACCGCUAAGAUUUCAUUGUGUCGUCCUCAACUUCUAAUAAAUAUCCAGAAAAUUGAACUUUAAAAAUAUUUAAAUUGGUUUUAAGAGUCGGAAACAAUAUUUUUUUAGCAAAGAAUUAGAUUGUAAUGAUAUUUUCUCGCAGUCUGGCACUAUCGCAGAUUACUAUUCGAUUAAGGUUUCGGCUAAGUGUAAUUUUAAGAUGUGUAAAUACACUGGACACGCAAUGUAUGGAGCCAAGUUGUAUAUCUGUCACUUCGCUCCUCGAAAAUGUUAUUUUUUCAUGAAUUAAAUUAAUUAUCUUAUCUAUUGAAGCUGGGUGAGCGAUAACAAGGAUCGUACUCUUCCUAUUAUUCUUCUGAAAUAUUUCUUUUUGGCCAGUACUUGAAAAUAACAAAUUGAUUACACGAUGUUUUGCAAAGUUAACACCCGAGCAUUGUCAUUAUGUGUUCAUGUUAUAAGCGUUAAAUUGUAUAAUAGCACUAAUUUGGGAGCUCAGCGUACGCCGAGUGAUUCCAACUUAUGACGAAGUAAGUAGUGCAAUAUUUAAUCAACUUAUUGGCACACAAUUAUUCUUUUCAGUAACAGCAGCUGAACUAAAACAAAAAAUAUAAAAUUUGUAAUAUUAUUUUUGUUACACUUGAGUAGUGUAAGAUUGUAUUUUUGAUGAAUUCGCUUAGAUAUUUUGGGUGCUUCUAGCAUUUGGGGAUCGAUGUUUGUUUUCAAAUUAUUGUGGCCGAUUUGUCGCUAAGUCCGUGGUGAGCUAACUGUAGGUUACGAGGCUCGGGCGCGGUGAGACGUUGGGGAAUGCGCGCCGCAUAGAGACGAGCCGUUCGUGUACGUCUCUAUAUUUGCGCUGCAUUCGUUAACAGUAACCCUAGUCUCGAGUAGUAUUUUUUAUUUCUAGACAGCUGAAUAACUACGUGUGUAGAGACGUGGAUGUCUCCGCCGAUUUGUCGCUAUGAAGUGGGCCUGGUAUCUAGUAACAUUGUCCUAAACACCACAUCAAGCAUAUUCCAGAACGUUUCCAGUGGUGACAGGAACCUUUCACUGCGCUCGAACCUCUUUACUUUAAGAUAGAUCGUAAUCAACAUUAAAUGUGUAUUUGUGAAUUUUUAACCUUAUUUCGGUUGAUGUUUUCUUUUAUGUGUAAAUGGCUGAGAUCAUUAGUGACGUAGUGGCACGGAGUGAUAGCGAGUGAUUGGUUCUCCCCUUUUACAAUUGGAUAGAGAUAAUAAAAUAAAAAGUUUGAAA